UUACUAGUAAACUAUUGCAAGUGGAGAGUAGAGUGUCCAGAAAUAAGUGCAGAUCUACACCCUGGGAGUAUUCUUGGCCUUCUGAAAGCUGGCUACCAUGGAGUCCUGAGAUCCAGGGAUCCCACUGGCAGCAGAGUUCUCAUUUACAGAAUUGCACACUGGGACCCAAAGGUUUUUACAGUUUAUGAUGUGUUUCGUGUAAGUCUAAUCACAUCUGAACUCGUUGUACGGGAGGUAGAAACACAACGGAAUGGAGUCAAGGCUGUCUUUGAUCUGGAAGGCUGGAAGUUUUCUCAUGCUUUUCAAAUUAGCCCAUCUGUGGCCAAGAAGAUUGCUGCUGUACUUACUGAUUCCUUUCCACUGAAAGUUCGUGGCAUCCAUUUGAUCAAUGAGCCAGUAAUUUUCCAUGCUGUCUUUUCCAUGAUUAAACCAUUUCUGACUGAAAAAAUUAAGGAACGGAUUCACUUGCAUGGAACCAAUUAUAAGCAAAGCUUACAUCAGCAUUUCCCAGACAUUCUUCCUCUGGAAUAUGGUGGUGAAGAAUUCUCCAUGGAGGAAAUUUGUCAGGAGUGGACAAAUUUUAUAAUGAAGUCUGAAGAUUACCUCAGCAGCAUUUCUGAGAACAUUCAAUGAGAAGAAGUUAUUUCAUGUGAAUGAUUUCCUAGUUACAAAACCAUGAGUGAGAUCCUACCUUUGUUACAUGAAUGAAAGAAAAAAGAGCAAAUCUUUUAAACUAAUUAAUGCUUGUUUGAUCUUUAAAAAGGUAAAAUAUUCUGACGUGGGCAAAAAAAGUGUGGUAGGGAAGGCUUUUUACUUUGAAAUGCAUCUUUUUUUUUUUUACUUUAAUGUAAUUAAAUGUUAGUAUGCUUUAAAAGCAUAGAGAAGGUUCCUGAUUUUUGCACUUGAAGAGAUAAAAUAGUUAUUUCUAAA